AUGGCUCGCGUCGCUCAGUUUGUGGUUUCAGGCCUUUUGGCUGCCACAGUGGCCAAUGGUCAAUCAUUUGAUGGGACCAGUCGAAGUGAAGAUGCUUUCAGUUAUGUCCAGCCCGAGAACACAACCAUUCUGGGCCCUUACGGACACUCCCCUGCCGUCCUUCCCUCACCAAAUGCUACCGCUACAGGCGAAUGGAAGGAAGCCUACGCCAAAGCUCAAGAAUUUGUCGCCAAGCUAACUAUCGAUGAGAAAGCCGACAUGGUCACUGGCCAGCCGGGUCCGUGUGUGGGAAACAUUGUUGCUAUCCCACGACUCGGGUUCCCGGGUCUCUGCUUGCAGGAUGGGCCCCUGGCAAUUCGGGUUGCCGACUAUGCCAGCGUUUUCGCUGCUGGUGUCACCGUGGCAUCCACGUGGGACAGAGAUCUCCUCUAUGAACGAGGCUACGCCAUGGGUCAAGAGUUCAAGGCCAAAGGUGCUCACAUUGCCCUCAGCCCCGUGGCCGGCCCGCUCGGCCGUUCUGCCUAUGCAGGCCGAAACUGGGAAGGCUUUGCUGCUGACCCUUACUUGACCGGUGUCGCCAUGGAGAAGACCAUUCGCGGUCACCAGGAUGCUGGCGUGCAAGCCACUGCAAAGCACUUCAUCGGUAAUGAGCAGGAAACUCAGCGUAACCCUACCUACAACCCCAAUGGAACCCUCACAGAUGUGAUCCAGGAGGCUCUUUCCUCUAACAUCGAUGACCGAACCAUGCAUGAGCUGUACCUUUGGCCCUUCGCCAAUGCUGUCCGCGCCCAGGCUGCCAGUUUCAUGUGCGCAUACCAGCGCCUGAAUGGUUCCUAUGCUUGCGAGAACUCCAAGGCACUCAACGGCCUGCUCAAAGAAGAACUUGGUUUCCAGGGAUACGUCAUGUCCGACUGGGGUGGCACUCACUCUGGUGUCUCCUCGAUCGAGGGUGGCCUUGACAUGAACAUGCCCGGUGGUCUCGGUGCCUACGGUAAGGUCCCCGGGGUCGGUUCUUUCUUCGGCAAGAACGUGACAUAUGCCGUCAACAACGGAACCGUUGAUGAGUCCCGUGUCGACGAUAUGAUCAUUCGCAUUAUGACACCCUACUACUGGCUUGGCCAGGACGAGGACUACCCAGAGGUGGACCCCUCGUCUGCCGACCUGAACACCUUCUCUCCCCGUUCGACUUGGAUCCGCGAGUUCAAUCUUACCGGCGAGCGAAGCCGCGACGUCCGCGGAGAUCACGCCGAGCUGAUCCGCAAGCUUGCAGCUGAAGCUACCGUGUUGCUGAAGAACGAAAAGCAGGCCUUGCCCUUGAAGGCUCCUAAGAACAUCGCUAUCUUCGGCAAUGAUGCCGGGGAGAACACAAUGGGAGCUGUGAACGAGGCAACAUUCGAAUUCGGCAACCUCGCUGCUGGCGGUGGCUCGGGUACCGGUCGCUUUACCUAUCUUGUCUCCCCACUCGAGGCCAUCAAGACCCGCGCUAAGGAGGACGAUGCUCUUGUUCAAUACUUUUUGAACAACACCCAGAUUGCGACCAAGAAUGUCACCGAUCUUUGGGUCCCCGCCACCCCGAUGCCUACCUGGGCCGAGGAAGGUGCUGACCGCGAGCACCUGACAGUGGACUACAACGGCAACGAGGUUGUCGAGUCCGUCGCUAAGUCUUGCAACAACACAAUUGUCAUCACCCAUUCCUCCGGCAUCAACGUCCUCCCUUGGGCCAACCACCCCAACGAAGCCGGCAACUCUAUCGUCGAUGUCCUCUAUGGUGAUGUCAACCCCGCCGGACACCUCCCCUACACAAUCGCGAAGAACGCCACAGACUACAAUGCCCCUCCCACCACCGAAGUGUCCACUGAUGGCACGCACGACUGGCAAUCCUGGUUUGACGAGAAGCUCGAGAUCGACUACCGCUACUUCGACGCUAAGAACAUCUCCGUGCAGUACGAAUUUGGCUUCGGUCUCUCGUACACAACCUUCAGCAUCUCCGACAUCAACGCCGAGCAGGUGGCUGAGUCCAUCCCUUCCAUCCCCGAAGACCAGCCCAUUCAGCCCGGUGGUAACCCCGCUCUGUGGGAGACUAUCUACAACGUGACCGUCGCAGUUACCAACUCUGGCGACGUCAAGGGUGCUACCGUUCCCCAGUUGUACGUUACCUUCCCAGACAGCACCCCUGAGGGCACCCCGCCCAAGCAGCUGCGCGGCUUCGAGAAGGUCUCUUUGGCUCCGGGCGAGUCGCGCACUGUUGGAUUUGAGUUGAUGCGCAGAGAUUUGAGCUACUGGGAUAUUGUUUCUCAGAAGUGGCUCGUCCCUGAGGGUGAGUUUGUCCUCAGUGUUGGAUUCAGUAGUCGUGACCUCAAGGAGGUCGCUAAGAUUACCCCUGUUUCUGCUUGA